AUGGCAACAAUAAAGAUAAAAUCUUUACCAAAUAUUCCCAUUCCAGAAAAAUUACUAAAACCUAAUCCAUUUUUAAAUGAUAAAAAACCAGUGGAAUCAAAUCUACUAUCAUUUGUUAGUAGUGGACUUGAAUUUGAUGCUGAUGUUGUACAAAAAAUCUGUCCAUCAACUAUAUCAUUUACAAAUUAUAAUGGUCGAUCAUUAUAUGUUCCAACUCGUGAAAUAAGUAGUUCACCACGACCACCUCGUCGUUUACAACCACUUGUUCCACUGACAAUAUCCAAAGCAAGAUGGGAACAUGCACGUCGAGUUUUAGCACAAAAACCUAUUGCAAUCGAACCAGUAAAAUUUCGACCACAACAAUCACUUUUUUAUAUGACUGAAAUUGAUGAUUACGAUGAACAUAUUCAAGAUUCUAAACAACAAAUUAUAGAUGAUCAUUUAACACCCACAACACGAUCAGAAUCACCAGAGGAAACUAGUGAAAAUACAGGUGGAAUACGACGUGGUCAGGAUAAUAUAGAACAACAAGCAAGAAUUAUAGCAGAAAAAGAUUUUGCUCAAAUGGAACGAAAUUGGGAUAAGUAUAUGUUUGAACAUAUGGAUGAAAAUACAGCUAAAUUUAUUAUAUUAAAACAUGUUCAUGAUGAUGAUCGUCGAGGUCGAUUAAUUGAAUAUUUAAAAAAAACAUAUCAUAUCACAAAAUUACCAAAUCCACAAGAAAUGGAAUUGAUUCCAACGACUGAUGAUGAAGAGAAAAAAGUCGAAGAAUAUGAUUCGAACAAAUUACAAAGUCAAAUACCUGAAAAAGAUGCUGAUAUACCUAAACGAGAAAUUCCAUUGUAUCGUUUACCACGUGGUUUACGACGACGAGCAAAAGAAGAGAAAAAAGAAGAUGCAACAGCACAUAUUCGUCCAUCUCAACAAAUAGUUACAGGAAAUACAUUGAUACGUCGUGAAACAUCGUUUUAUGAUAUAAUGUCAAAUAAAAUAUUAAGUACAGUCUAUCGAACAGAUCAUCCAUAUGAACAAGCAAUGCUUCUUGGUAAUAAUAUUCAUAAACCAACAGAUGAACCAGGUGUUAUUGUUCUUUCGGAUAAACUUCAAUUUGAUAAAGUUCUUCAAAAACAACUUCCACCUGAUCCUGAUUCAAUAGCUACAACUCUUCAAAUUGAUUCAUCAGCUGCAUUUGAUCGACAAAAACCAACACGAGGUUUUCGUCGUUGGAAAGCAUUACCUGAAGUUAAAGAUAUGCAUCCACCUCGAUCACCUGAUGUUAAUGAUUUAUCAUUAUCAUGGCUUAUGCCAUCAACAUCAGAUUCUCGAUUACAUCAAAUAUUAAAAUCCAAUACAACUAUUAGUCGAAUUAUUGAAGAAUGGAGACGUAAGUGGCAAGUUGGAUGUCAAUGGCUUGAUGCUGAUGUUGAAGAACUCUAUGAAGAUUUACAUGAUAUACAUCCACAUGUUCGUUUUACUGCUAUUGUUGUUUGUAGUCGAGCUGCUCAAUAUCUUACUCAAAAAGAAAUAGAUCUGGGUUUAAAAGUUCAUCUUCUUCCUGAAAAAUUACUUCAAUCAAUUGAAUCUUUACUUAAUGAUUCCAAUGAACGUGUACGAACAGCUGCUGCUAUUGCACUUGUUACAUUACAUCGGUUUUCUUCACAAGUAGAAGUUAUUCUUCGUUCAUGUGUUGCUAAUGGUAAUCCUGAUGAUAAAUUAACAGCUGCACAAUGUUUAGCUAGUCUUAAUUACUCAACAUCAGAUAUAAUACAUGAAUUAUUAAAAAAUUAUUUUGAUGCUGAAGAUGAAUUAACACGAGAACAACUUAUUCUUGCGUUAGCUAGAUUAAGUCAACGAACGAAUCUCGUAUAUAGUUUAGCCGGUGAAUAUUUAAAUUCUGCUGAUUCUACUGAUCGAAUUGUUGCUUGUAAACUAUUUCCAUUACUUAAAUCUCGACCAAAUAAAGAUAUAACACAAAAAUUAAUUCAUCUUAUGUGGCAAGAUAUGAAUAGUAGUGUACGUCGUGUAGCUGGUCAAGCAUUAGGUAAAUGUGGUUGUGGUCAAGCAGUACAUGAAGAAGUUGUUUUACGUUUACAAAGUCAUCAUUGGCAAGAUCGUGUUGAAGCACUUAAACUUAUUGGUUAUCUUGGUGUUUUAACAGCUAAAUUAAUGCAACCAUAUUUAAAAUGUUUUAAAGAUACUCAUGUUAGUGUACGUGAUCAUGCUUGUCGUACAACAUAUAGAUUACAAUUACGUGAUGAAACCAUAAGAAAUUUACUUAUUGAUCGUAUUGAAUUUGAUCCAAUUGAAAAAGUUCGAUAUUCAGCUGUUGAAGCACUUGGUUUAUAUGGAAUGACAAAUGCAAAAUGUCGAAGUGUUCUUUUAUGGGCUGUUCGAUAUGAUAAAAGUCCAUUAGUACGUGCAGCAUCACCAAAUGCUCUUGUUCUAUUAGAAAAAGCAAGUGAAGAUAUUAUUGAUACAUUACAAAGUCGACUUUUAAUUGAAAAAGAACCUAUUGUUGUUCAAUCAUUAAAAGAAGCAUUGGAAGCUUAUCAUUGUAAUUUGAAUCAAGAUGUUCCUAUUGUACAAGAAAUUCGAAAUGAAGUUCGAAAAUUAAAUACAAAAAAUACAAUAUUAGAAAAAAUAAUGAAUCUAGAAAAAGAUCUACGUUUAGCAGCUGCUAUGGAACGAUUAAUUGCACCAUUAUUGGAUAAACCAUCAACACCAUCACCUGGUGAAAACGAAAAUAAAUCAACUACAACUGUUACAAAUUAUAUUCAAAAUGUGGCAAAUACUAAUGUUAGUGAUAAUGAUGUGCCCGAAGUUUGGUCACCAGAGUUAUGGCAUACUGAUAGUAAAACUGGUAAAAUCAAAAAACAUCGACUUCCACAUGACCAGCCACCACCUCAGGAAGAACCAAUCACAAUUACAACAGAACCUGAACAAUCAAGUUAUAGUCUUCAACCAGGUGUCUUAUUACCUGUUGAAGAGGAAGAAAGUGAAACUGAAGAAGACAAUACUGUUGUUCGACGAUGUUGUAAAUCAGGUUGUGGAUCACCAGUGACCACAACUACGGUGACGACAACCAUAACAACAGUAACAACAAAAACGACAACAACUACGGUAACAACAACCACAACAACAGUAACAACAACAACCACAACAACAGUAACAACAACAACGACAACAAUACCAACGACGACGACCACCACUACAGCUCCGAAAACAUCGUUUCAAUGCUAUGAUUGUUCCGGACCAGAUUGUGGUAGAGAAGGCUCAUCUGUAUCAAACAAUUGUCCCAGUUGCAUGGUAUACAGAAACCCUAAUGAUCAAACAAUCAUUGAACGACGAUGUUGUUGGUGGGGUUGUGGACCUUCGAACUCUAUUGGUAGUCAUAACGGCUUGGAAACAUAUUUCUGUGCUGCUGAUAAAUGUAAUGGAGUUGGAACAGAAUUUGCCCUCAGUCCUCCAGUAACAACAACAACAACAACAACUACUACUACUACUGCUACAACGACUAGUUCGAUUAAAAUUACGACAACAAGGACAACUUCCCCAGCAAGUUGUCUCCUUAAUUGUCAAAAUGGUGGUACACCAGAAACUGAAGAUGGCUGCUUUUGCUAUUGUCUGGAGAAUACUAACGGACGUGAAUGUGAAAAUGUUGAUUGUGUUCAACCGGAUGUGAAUUCUGAUAUCUGCAGCAUUGAAAAUCAACAGCUAUGUGAAGAAAGUGAAACCUUUGCUUUUGAAUGCCUUCAUUUAUGUGGAAAAUGUUAA